UGAAGGACUUUGGUGAAACGGACUCGUGCUGAAAGCAAAACAGGCCUCGGGCCACUCCAUUCAGCUGGAUAUAAGCCCAAACUCCCUCUGCGCGCGUCGACGACAUAUAUCCCAGCCCACCUAGAAAGCACAACAGCCCGCUCGUCCAUUCCGCCCAUCUCUCGUGGAGGCAAAGAGAAAAGCGAAUCGGCGGCGGCGGCGCCGGCGCCGGAGGAGAGGCCUCCCACCGACGGAAUCCAAGGACGGCUGGCUCUCCCCUUCCUCCCCUCCCUACUCCCAUCCACUCCCUUGCCCUCCGCUGCUGCUGAAUAGCCCGCCGCCGUACCCGAUGCCCUGGCAGACGCGCUUCUCCGACCUCCACGAUGACCUCGCCGCCGCCGUCCUCGCCCGCCUCCCCCUCCGCCACGUCGCCCGCGCGAGGCUCGUGUGCAGGUGGUGGCGCGCCCUCACCACCGACCACCGCUUCCUCCGCGACACCGCGUCCCGGCGCGCCGUCGGGUUCUUCCUCAACGACCAGUCCUGCAUCCGCGCCGACUACCGCGCCUUCCCCUUCCCCAAUAAAAUCGACGACGGAUCGGCCGCCGCGGAGGAGGACCGCCCCGCCCCCGACCUCUCCUUCGUCCCCAACGCCGCCGUAUCCACGGACCCACCAAGCGGCGGCGCCGGCAGCGUCCACGUCUGCAGCUCCUGCAACGGGCUCCUCCUGCUCGUCUGCCGCACGCCCCACCUCCCGGCAGCGCACUACGUCUGCAACCCGCUGACCAGGCAGCUCGCCCCGAUCCCGCAGCCAAAUGGGAUCCCCAACCUCGCCUUCGACCCCGCCGUCUUGCUGCACUACAAGGUGGUCGUGCUCGGGGACACGUACGCCAUCGAUGUCUACUCCUCCGAAACACGGUCCUGGCGAACGGCCCUCCAUCCGGAGCGCUCCCUCUUCUCCGGGCUCCGAUCCAUGCGCGGGGUCUUCUGGAACGGCUCGAUGGUGUGGACGGUGGGGCAUUCCCUGAUCCAAUUUGUUCUCCAAGGGGAACAUCUGAGGACGAUACCGAUGCCGCCGAAGAGGAAGGAAGGGUGGAUCUGCGCGUACAUUGGGGAGUCGGAUGGGCAUCUUCAGAUGAUUGGUUACACCAAGAAGGAGAAGCUCACUGCUUGCUUCGAAAUCCUAGAGAUGAACAGUGAUCAGUCUGAAUGGUCACUUCUGUAUCGUGUUGAUCUCAGUCGGGUGAAAGAACUGCAUCCUGAGAUCGAAUGGCCGACAUGGGACACCCGCAGGGAUGAGCACAAGGUGAUCGACUACCUCGCGCUUUCGCCUGUCUGUGUCAUCAGAGGAACCAGGGAGGCUGGGAAGGACGGGGUGUUGAUUUUCAGCAUACCAGGAAAGAUCAUGUUGUACGACAUGAAGGACCAGGGGAUUUCAGUGACCAGGGAAGCGCGCUCGCCGUACAACUUGGAGUUGGAGCAUCCUUGGUAUUACUUCUUUGCUUACAGUCCUAGCUUGUUUACUCUGUAAACAGUAUUUGCUUCGACAAGGAUGUAUCAUGUACACCAGUCCUUUCGUGUUGUGUCAGCGUCUUCAGAUGGAAAUGUUGUUACUCUUCAGAUAGAAAUGUUGAAAAGAGAGACAGGGGAAGAGUUAAAUCAGAAAUAUUAAGUGGUGAACUCUCUUUUUUUA